GUGUAGGUACCAUUUAAUUUCUAUUUCAUGUUUGUUCAAUAUGAUCAUUGUACGGAAAAUGUAUUUAAAAGAAUAAUCAUUUAAACAAAAUCCAUACGACAGUUAGUGUAAAAGAUUUCAUCAUUCUGAUUGGUUCACGUCAUAAAGUCUGAAAAUCUUCUAUUUUACAUUCCAAGCUACGGAGACCACUGCGAAGGAAGUAACAACACAAACAUUGACAACAUACACUAGAGAAAUGCCAGCCCAGACUGAAUCAAAGAAUAAAGAAGGCAUUUCAACAGCAACUGUAGUCUACAUUGUACUGCCGGUUGUGAUCGUAGUGUCUAGCGUCAUUGCACUGGUCAUUUGCCUUAUUGUGAGGCGACGAAGAGUUAAACGUGUAUCAUGUGUCAGUUACCAUACAAGUGGCAUCCAACAUAGCGGUCAUCCGCCUGAGUCUGGCACUGGCAAUAAUUUGGAUAACGAUAAUCUUCCUGAAGAGCAUAAGAAUAACAAGUUGAGUAUUACACAGCUUGUAAGUACUGCUGGGGAAAGUAGAAAGUCAGCGGCCGAUGGCGGUACGGAAUACAGCACAAUAAUUUCAGCAGAAAGUCCACAAGAUUCUCACACUUACGGUUGUCUCAAAACACAGCCAGGUAUCGAUCUGAAGGUAUCAUCAGACUAUUCUCAUAUGACAGUUACAAGAAAUAGUUCAAGUGACAACACAUAUUCACAUAUUGGAAAUGAAAAAUUAAGGGAGCAUUCUAUAGACAAUGAGUCAGAAAGAGACAGCACGUAUAAUAGUCUACAGGCUUCACCUCAAAAGCAUGGAACAGACAAAAUAAAUAAAUUUGAAAGUAAUCACGACGCUUUAUACGACCAUGCAAAAGCAGGUGAGAGGAACCUAAAAGCGAGUAAUGCGGACAAAUAUGAGCAUCUAAUUUCGUUGGAAACAGAGAAAGUAAUCACAGGCCAAGACAGUUCUAAAGGUGACAAAGGAAGUCAUGUAUGUGAGUCGGUAGACAGUACAGAAACAGACUUGUAUGAGGAAGCGGAUCAAGCUUAUUUCAUACUAUAACCAAAGAAAUGAAAACAAGAUGAGAUUGCUUCCUUAAGAUGGAUUCAGGAAAAUGCAUUGAGCUUUUGGGCAAAUAUGAACUUAAUAGCAAAUAUAUCUUUCUUUUAACACAAUAAACACAUGUUUAUAAAUGGCA